AGGGUCGCCAUUCGUCGCUCGCCCAGUGCCCAACCCUCCUCUGCUCCUCGACUGCCCUGCAAGAUACGAUGCUGGCCCCUCUAACCUUCCUGCUCGCGCUGACGGUUGCAUGCGGCACGCUGGGGGAGACCCCCGCCGCGAGCGACGUCCCCGGCUACUUCCUGAACAUGCUCAUGUGGAACGGCGAGGCGUCCAACCGCUACCACAGCAGCCCCCUCGUGCCCGCCGCCCUGACCGCCGCCUCCUCGCCCCUCGUAGCGACUGCCUGCCCGGCGCCCUUCUUCCCAGUGAUGUCUCAGUGCUUCUGGACGAGUGCCAAAUACAAACUCUCCUGGGACAACGCCCGCAGCUUCUGCCAGCAGAUGGGCGGCGACCUGGCCGAGCCACUGUACCUCAACGCCCUCAUGGUCCACCUUCAGCAUCAUUAUUCGAGCGUCAAGGAGUUCCACCUGGGGGCGUCUGACAUCAAGGAGGAGGGCAACUGGACCUACCUGUCGGGCCAUCCAGCCCCGUCGACCCGAGGGGCUGGAUGGCUGGCGAGCCCAACGACGGCGCCCACGAUCAGAACUGCCUCAAUUUCUGCUUCCAGGGCUGCACGGCGUCCUACCCGCCCCUCAACGACCAGUACUGCCACCGUGAGAAGAACUUCGUGUGCGAGUUCUUCGUCGCUUAGGAAUGGGGGACACCCCACGCGCUCUGUCAGCACCUGUGGUUUGUCAGCUCCCUCGUCCUGUCGACACUUGUGGGCUGUCAGCUCCUUCUUUCUGUCAGCUCCCUCGUUCUGUCAGCACCUGUUGUCUGUAAGCUCUCUCGUUCUGCCAGCUCCCUCGUCAGCUGAAUUGACGAUAGAGCUGGCGAAGAAAGAACAAACUAUGUUGACACUUUUGUGCAUAUGUACGUACAGCUGUUUCUAUGAGCAUUCUGAAAUGCCACUUCUUUGUAUCAUUAAUCUGAAGGAUCAUAAUUUCUGUCGGCACGUAGAUGUAAUAUAUAAAUUCAAAGAGAUCUUUUGAGAAUUCUUUCCUUCAUUCUUUUAUGAACAAAGUAACGAAACAAAAGAAAUUGUUGGUCAGAAUAAGUAGCUGAUAUGGAACACAAGUGAUAAUAUUCAUAACAAUAAUCAUACUACUAAUAAUUAUUAUUAUCUCAUUGAUAAUAAUGCGGAUAAUGAUGACAAAUAUAAUAAGGAUAAGAACAAUAAUAAUAACAUCAAUGAUGAUAAUAAUAGCAAUAUUAAUAAUAAUGAUAGUAAUAAUGAUAAUGUUGAUAAUAUUAAUAAUAUUACCAUUGAUGAUAAU